AGCUACAGAUAGGUUAUCACGUGAUAGAGAGCACCUUCUUUCUUACCAGGUGAUGUGAAAACGCCCUCUUCUUUAACUUGUCUCAUAGUUUGGAUUAACCUGCGAGUGGGACCCACAUUGUGGGACUGUGAGUAAACAAAUUGUUACAAAUAUUUCCUUUGCCGGAAAAAAAAGUAUUAAUAUUAGCCAACCAUUUAUCCAUUUAGAUUGUCAAUAACUUGUAUAUAGUUCAGUUGAUGAAUCUCUACAACACAUGAUUUUUAUCAGAUCUGGUUUUAAAUUGUGAUACUUUUUUUUUUCCCCCACAAUUUAAUUAGGGGAAAACGACGACUCCGGCAAUUGACCACCUAUUUAUAGCUCCGGUCAGUUGUAUUUAAAAAAAAAACUUAACACUAAUAUCAUUAAAACAAAACUUUUUAAUGUUUUAAAUUAGAGUGUUAGAGUCAUUUGUACGAUUCGUGGCCCACAUAUAUGAAAUUCUUCUUCACAUGCCUCCGUGUAAUUUUUACGCCGUAAAUUUGUUGUAAGUCUUGAAGUCUUCAAUUAAGUAGAACUUGUGCACAAAACAACACCAACAACACGGCCGUCAUAUUGUAUCGAUAAGAAGAUAGUCAACUGUGCACUAAGCCGGUACACAUGAGAUAUGGGGAAACGAACGGUAAAAAAAACCACGUGCAGUUAAUAACUAGAAGAUAAGAGUGUUGGUUGUUCAAAGUGUUUGAUGUUUCGAGGUGUUUGACGUAUCUUGUUAUUUCUGACAGACCAAAGAUGGUGUUGCCGUCUUUUCACGAUGCGAUUACGAAAUGGAUCCUGUUGUCGUCUGUAGUCCUGUGCCCAGUCGUCGCACGAGAGUGCGUCAAAGUCGACGCUUGCAGCUGUAAAUAUGAUGACGACAUCGGAGCAGUGGUCAAUCUUCGACCGUUGGCCAGUUCAAACGGGAAUCCCUUGUAGGUGGAUACACGUUAACGAAUUUGUAAAUGGUUUUUUUUCCCUCUUAAAAUCCCGUUUCAUAAAGUUAUGGACUUUGAUAUCAUACACAGUGCAAGCAUUCUUUUAUUUAAUUUGAUAUUUGAGUGAAAUCAUAUUAUAGAGCCUGCAUGCUCUGAACUGUCAUUCGCGUGAAACAUAGGUAUAUAGAUUUUUUAACUUAGUUUUCAUUUUUUAAAGUUUAGCCGCCUCCUUUGCAUUUAGGUUAGGCAAGUUAGGUUGUUUCUUUUUUUACACAUUAGGCAGAUAAAGAUGAUGUGCACAUUUAUUUACAUCAAAAAUUUUUUUCUGUUUCUUUUUUUUUUCUCUCCAAACUUGCUGUGUUUUAUGGAUGUCACAAUAUUUUUUUUAUUUAAAUCAGGUGUUGCGGUCAAAAUUAUUGCCGAUUCAUGAAAAUCUCAUGUGGUUUACAAAUUAGCGUUAUUGAAUGUUUGGUAGUGCUAGGAAAGUUGGUGAUGGGAAAUCGCAGCCCCGAGACUCGAUCUCACUCAAGGCUUCGUCUCUAGCCCCCAGAAUGUUGAUGACAGCCUCGUUUGGGAAAUGAAGUUGAUGCCACGCAUUGAGUUCUUCCUCCUUGUUUCUCUAUGCGCAGUUCUCACUUUGAGGGGAGUGGGGGGACACAUCUUCGUAUCUUGUUCCCUUAGUCGUUGUCUAAACCUGCUACAGCCCAACAUCUCUCACAGUGGAGUUUUUGGAGACUUUAAAAUUGACUUUAGUUUAAAUAUUAUUAGCAACACUUUUGAUUCUACCCAUGCGUCUUGACACACAGGUGACAUCACGGAUUUUUUUUAUGGUGGGUCAACAGCAUUGAGAGUGAAUAGAACAAAUUUUGAAAAAUGUAAAUCAAAGAAAAUUAAUUUUAAUCUGUGUCUCAGGAAAGAUUGAACAAAAAACAUGACACUGCAAAUACGUUCAAUGUGUUUUCUCUUACAAUAUUUAUAUUAUUUAAAACUUCUAUUAUAUAAAGCUUCUAUUAUUUAAUACUUUUAUUAUUAAUAUAUUGAUUAAUUAAUACUUAUAUUAUUUAAUGGAAGGUGCUUAUGGGUAACUUUCUUUUCACAAAAUAGGACCGGCAAUUUUAAAAAGUCUAGGAGCCUGUGCGCUACACGUUUAGUCCUGGUAUCCAUCUGUUGUUAGUAUCGCUAUGAAGGAAAACCAAGUAAAAGAAAAUUAGUGAAAAUGCGUGUAAGAAGACAGUAUCGAGGUAGAUUUAAUGAACUCAUUAACUUCAACAAUAAAUAUCCUUACAAAAUGCAUCUCAAAAACGAUGUCCUUUUAAACUCCGUAUUUCAGAUUUUUGGAUCACGCCGGAAAAGAUGGAGCCUUUUAUUCUUACAAUCCAUGCCUGCCAUUUAACGAGGGUCAGUGUAAAGACAGUGCGGUAAGUCGUACCUGGCGGGGGCAGACUUGUCUGGGUUUAAUGUACUGAAUAUUUCUAUGUUGGACUCAUCGGGUCCCGGGUUUCUUAGAUGUGAAUUUAAAAAAAAUUUUGAUAGUGCUGUUUAGUAAACAUUCUGAAUGUGUAAUACUGGGGGAAAAACAGAUGGACUUGUAGGUUAAUCUGAGAUGGGUUGUUGUUUUUUUUUUGCCACUGUGUAUAGUGGGAGUGAGAGACAUUUGCAAGAGAAAUGGGGGUAGAGACAUGUGCCAGAGUAAUGGUGGUAGAGACAUGUGCAAGAGUAAUGGUGGUAGAGAUAUGUGCAAGAGUAAUGGUGGUAGAGACAUGUGCAAGAGUAAUGGUGGUAGAGACAUGUGCAAGAGUAAUGGUGGUAGAGACAUGUGCCAGAGUAAUGGUGGUAGAGACAUGUGCCAGAGUAAUGGUGGUAGAGACAUGUGCCAGAGUAAUGGUGGUAGAGACAUGUGCAAGAGUAAUGGUCAUAGAGACAUGUGCCAGAGAAGAAAGUCAAAGGGAAAUUAGCAAAUUUAUUUUUUCUAACAACGUACCUUGGUUACCUAUUUGAGAACCUCUAUUUGAGUUUUUCGGAGUGGAAAUUAAAGUUGAGAAAUUUUAUUUUUAAUGAUACAAUAAAUAUCAUAUUCAUUCAGUUUUAUAACAAAAAAUUCAAAUGAUCUUCUUUUUGUUGAAAAUGUAAUACUUCGGCCUUCAAAAAAAAUUGUCUAAACUAAUAAAAUAUGGUUCAUCGUUUAGAUUUGCAAACGUGACGGUGCUAAUGGAACAACGACUUCCUUAGCUGACCAGUCCAAAGUCAGCUUCCACGCCAGUGAGGCUGGACGUAAGAUUGAAGUGAGCUACCCUUCUCCGAGUGGACUGGGCAUGUCAGUAUGGUUUUGAUCGUCAUAAAAAUAAAAAUGUUAUCAAUGCAUAUACACAUAUAUUUUGAGGACGUGAGUCUGUUGUUGUUGUUUUUCUAUUCUUAAUAAAAUCGCAAUUUUAUGAACGUUUCAGUUAUUCUUUGUUAUUGAAAUUUAAACUAAAUAAGCCACAGGGUUUGAAUUCAUGCCUACCUCCAAUUUUUACCUUGGUUAUAGUUAGAGUAAAAUUAAAUGUGUUAAAUAAAUAUAUUUUUGGGGGGUGCUAAUUUACCCCAUUGAUGUCAACAUAUUUUUUACAAAAGGUGAAAUCGCCAACCCAGGUUCAUUGAAAAUAGUAUUUCCAAAGCCUUGUAAAUAGUUAUUUUGGUUCAAAUUAUCGCAGCGUGCUUAGAACAUUUUCCCUAAAUCCAUAUCUUUCUUGAUCUGUAAUUCCGUUUCCCCCUUACAUGACAGAAUGAGUUUCUUCACUUACACGUGUCUUGAGCAGCAAGACCCGCCAUUGUUCACUGCGUUUGGAUAUGACAACAUCUCUCGUCAGUAUGUAAGUACACUUAAGAAUUCCGCUCUUUUUUACACAACAUUUCCUUUAAAGUAGUUAAUAACACCUUUUCAUUGGUAUGUGAUUCAGAUAACUUCACACUAUCCUCUAAACUCUAAGCAGUUAAAAUUCAUAAGGAUGAAUACAUUAACCCUUGUGUAACUAAGAGAUAUCAGGAGCCCCCCGUGCAGUUUGUAGCUAAAUCUUUUUGACUUAUUAAAGUGCUGUUUGAGCCUUGUCUGAAACAGAUCAUUUCAGAACAAAUAAAAUUGUACGCUUCCAUCGACUUUUAAAAAUAAUUAUUUUCUCCGUAUGAAAUCAAUGUAUAACUGCCGAAUCCCCAUUGGUUGAAAACAUGAUCUAAAAAGGUACGAGCUUUGCCAUAACCUAUAAACUUUAUAGUAUAAAUAAAGCAAGGCAAGCCAGCCCACCAGGCUUCACACGCCACUUAGAGAACACGCAAAUUGAAUGUAAUACAGCCUGUAAUAAUAUUAUAAGAACUCACUAAAUGCUUUGUAGCAAUCCUGCAAUGUUUUUUUCUAUUCUUAAUUCUAAGUAACAAGACAAAAUGAAACCAAACAAAUGUGAUAUAAUUUUAUCUUCUCUCUCUCUGACCUAUUUUAAGUCGAUUUCUUUGUCAAUGGAAUGAAACACGAUUAAGUGGAACACUGUCAUCCGCCGGUCACGAUAUUUGACGCGGGUUGGCCACCCAUGUCAUAUAGGACCCUAGAGUAAAGACGUAUGGAAUUACUAGUUCAUAUGUAACUAGAUGGAAUUACUAGUUCAUAAGUAACUAGAUGGAAUUACUAGUUCAUAAGUAACUAGAUGGAAUUACUAGUUAGUAGGUAACUACCAAAUAAACGGAAUGUUGAUCUCGUGGACUUCAAAACGAAGGACUUAAUUAUUUACAAAUAAAAACUAUCUGAAUCUCUUCGCCUAGAUGUUUUUAUAGUCGGAUUAAAUUUUACAACAUAAUACUAAUUCGUGAACACUGUAUCCGUUAGAUUAUCUCAUUAUCCUCUGUUGUUCAUGUUGGAAUUUAACCACAUCCACAGCAUUUUCAAGUGGAUACCAAAUGUGCAUGUGACAACGGCUGCUAUGUGGCACCCGACAGUGGAGGGCUUAGUGCCGGAUCGGUCCUACUGAUAGUGUGAGUGGCUAGAUCAGAACAGCUGCUGCUCAGCAGAGGCGUAGCGUGGUGGGUGGCAGGGAGGGACAGAUGUCCCCGGGCGCCAGCUAGUUAAGGGCGCCAAAAUGUGCUUUGAUAUUAUUUUAUUGAUGAAAAUAAUGGGUUUGAGAGUUGAAAAAAAGAAAAGGGGGCGCUAAAAAUGGAUCUUGUCACCGGGCGCGAAUCUUGUCCCCGGGCGCCAAACACCCUCGCUACGUUACUGCUGCUCAGUCUAAGUUUAACUAAUUAUGUGCGGUGCCAGAUCAGAAUAAUUGAAUCAUUUCAAAUCCUUGGUUUCAUUAGAAGUUAUCGCUCUAGAUGCUGUUUAAAAAGAAAAAGUCAGAGUAAUCAACGUAGAGACGUGUACCAGAGUAAUUAAUCGUUGUAGCGACUUGGCUCAGAAAAUAAAUAUAAUAUUUUGUUUAUAGCAAAAGAAAUUACAUAAAUAAGAUUUUAAAAAAAGGAGAUCUAUGUAUGUUUAUUUUUGUAGUGGCUUUUUUUUACAUAGCCAUAAAAAGUUUAAUGGUUAAACCUUUUAUCUGUUGUUAUUUUUUUGUUGGAUCUAUAUUUUAAAAAAAAAAAAAAAAUUCUUUGUAAAUGGACAAGACAAAGACAGUCAUCUUUAGUUCUUGUGUUAUAACAAAAACAUUUGUGUUUGUAGUCGACAGUAAAAAAAAAAAUGUUAACCCGUUGAAAGAGACCAAGAAAAUAUUACUUUUUAAAAAAAAACAUGUUGGAGGCUACGACUGACCAUCAUGAAAUCAAAAUGUCACAACUCUUCCAGGUUUUUCGUGCUCGUCUUUGUGUACCUGGUGGUCGGCUUCAUCCACGGGAACGUCAGCAGAAGUAUGUCAGGCCGGGAAGCCUUGCCGCACUAUGAUUUCUGGGUGGGAUUUCCUGGCUUGGUCAAGGUGAGCCGCUCAGAAGACUUGCCCACCGUGGGCAGCAGUAGCACACCUUAUUUUAUAGCCCGGUCAAGGUUACUUCUUACCUUUUGACCAGGUUUUUAAGUGACGUUCUAUACAUUAAACUUUGCUCGCCCAAUCAUUUUUUCCCUAACACACUUGCACCCCGUGGAUUGACACCAAAUAUAUAUAUCGCAUUUUAACGCGCCUUUAUCAGAAUGCAUAACAUAUUCAUCUGUUAAAUAGUUGUUGUUUUUUGUAGCUCAAAUGGAGAGAAAACUUUUGAGGCAUACUUAAUUUGAGGAUUAACUCACAUUAUAUUUUGAUACUGCGUUAGUUAUUUUUCAAAAAUAAAAAUACGCUCUGGUUAGAUUAACAUUGAUUUAUUAUACCUAACAAUAUUAGAAAGUGAUGAGGUAAUCGUUUCCUUUUAAAAGGUAUAUCGUUUCCAGGAAAGGAAUUGUAAGUUGUGUAUAUUGUGUUUCCAGGAAGGCUGUUUCUUCACCUUCAGAUGUGGUUCGCGGACCAGCGUCCAGACUUACGAUGAAGUGUAAAUAAAAAAUAAUGUACAUAUAAC